AGUUUGUGUGUUUGAAAACCAGACAUUUCAGGAAAGAAAACCCACACAACCCUCUAAAGUUGCUCCGCUCGUUAUUAGGUUGGAUUUGUCGAUCGGUUCUUUUCAUAACUCUCCUUCACUGCCAUUCCACUUUAUCAGAUUUACCUUCUUCUCCCCUCUCAAGCUUUCAAUCCUUCUGAAAAAUAUGGGUUCCUCUUCUCUGUCAGAAAACAAUAAGCAGCAAGGGAAUAAUGGUGGGAAAUUUGUACCCAACGAACAGGACGUUCUGCAGAGACAUGUAGCCUUCUUUGACAGGAACCGCGAUGGCAUUGUUUAUCCUUGGGAAACUUUUCAAGGUUUUCGUGCGAUCGGGUGUGGCAUUUUGUUGUCCACAACCAGUGCCUUUCUCAUCAACGCUGCCCUCAGUCAAAAGACUCGCCAGGGAAAGUUUCCUUCUCUACUUUUCCCAAUUGAAGUUAAAAAUAUCCAUAAAGCAAAACAUGGCAGUGACUCUGGUGUCUAUGAUACUGAAGGAAGGUUUGUUCCGUUGAAAUUUGAAGAAAUCUUUGCAAAGCAUGCCCAUACGCAUCCAAAUUCGUUGACAUCAGAUGAACUGAUGGGCAUGCUAAAGACUAAUAGGGUUCCCAAGGAUUAUGCAGGAUGGGUUGCUGCCUAUACAGAAUGGAAGAUCUUAUACGUUCUCUGCAAGGACAAGAAUGGUUUGCUGCACAAAGAUACCGUUAGAGCUGUUUACGACGGAACCUUGUUCGAACGCAUGGAGAAGGAAAAAUCCGACGGAGACAAAAAGAAAGAUGUUGUCUGAAAAAAGUUUGGCAGAUUGUAUAGGCUGCUGUUGUCCAUUUGGCCCUGCCCGGUGGAUGAUCGAAAGUAUGCCGGUGUUUAUAUUGUGCGCUGUGUGUUGAUAUUGUUCAGAGAUUGUGGAAGUUGUUUGUUAGUUCAUCCAUUCAUGUGUGUAAAUAAGUUAUCGUUUAUUUAUUUUUCGAUUUCCAUACCAUCCACACAAUUUCCUCUACGGCUUGAGUUGUUUGUUGCAUAGACAUCACACGGAAGACCUCGCAACUAGUUGUUCCCGUGGGGGAGAUCUGUAGUGUUUGAUAUUUGUAUUGAUACAGUGAAAUAGUAUAUUGCACAUGAAUGAUUCGAUUGCUCUCCUC